AGGGGCGGGGUUUGUAUCUGCGGUCCUCUCACACACACAGACACCGUCUCCGCAGCAGCAUCGUCCGCCGCCAUCUUAGCUGUGCACCGGGAGAGCCAGGAGCCGGCAGCACCCGAGACAUAGCGGCACCAGACCGAGGGAGGGAGGGCGGAGAACAUGCCCGGACUGUGGCGGCUGUCCCCGGCCUCCCUGCUGCUCAUCGCGGGGCUGCUGUGCGAUGUCUGGGCCGCCAGAGUCAACAAGCAUAAGCCAUGGAUUGAAUCCACUUACCACGGGAUCGUAACAGAAAGCGAUAAUGCAGUUUUGUUGGACCCUCCUCUGAUCGCAUUGGAUAAAGAUGCUCCGUUACGUUACGCAGAGAGUUUUGAGGUGACAGUCACCAAAGAAGGUGAAAUCUGUGGAUUUAAGAUUCACGACCAGGAUGUCCCAUUUGAGGCGGUGGUGCUAGACAAAUCCACUGGCGAAGGCGUGAUACGCUCUACGGAAAAGUUGGACUGUGAGUUACAGAAGGACUACACGUUCACCAUUCAGGCCUAUGACUGCGGGAAAGGACCGGAUGCCUCGAACACGAAAAGAUCUCACAAGGCCACGGUACACAUCCAGGUGAAUGACGUAAAUGAGUACGCGCCAGUCUUUAAAGAGAAGUCCUACAAAGCCACCGUUAUUGAAGGGAAGAAAUACGACAGCAUUUUAAAGAUCGAAGCUGUGGAUGCGGACUGCUCCCCUCAGUUCAGCCAGAUUUGCAGCUACGAGAUUAUAACACCUGAUGUGCCCUUCACGAUUAACAAAGAUGGUUUCAUAAAAAAUACUGAAAAACUGAACUACGGAAAGGAGCGUCAGUAUAAACUUACAGUGACCGCGUAUGACUGCGGGAAAAAAAGGGCAGCGGAAGACAUACUGGUUAAAAUCAGCAUUAAGCCUACGUGUAAAGCCAGCUGGCAAGGUUGGAGUAAAAGAAUAGAGUAUGAACCAGGUACCGGAUCUUUAGCUCUCUUCCCUGGUAUUCAUCUGGAAACCUGUGACGAGCCAAUUACAUCAAUCCAAGCCAAUGUGCAACUCGAAACUAGUCACAUCGGCAAAGGGUGCGACCGAGAUACGUACUCUGAGAAAUCCAUCCACAGGUUGUGUGGAGCCUCUUCAGACACCGCAGAGCUACUCCCCCCACCCAGCAGCGCCACCAACUGGACCAUAGGCCUUCCUACCGAUAACGGACAUGACAGCGACCAAGUGUUUGAAUUUAAUGGCACGCAGGCGGUUAAGAUCCCCGAUGGUGUUGUCACUGUUGACCUUAAAGAACCGUUUGUGAUUUCAGUCUGGAUGCGGCACGGACCUGGUGGCAGAGACAAGGAAACCGUUUUGUGUAAUUCAGACAAGACAGAAAUGAACCGGCACCAUUCCUCACUCUACAUCCACAACUGCAAGGUGGGCUUUCUGUUCCGCCAAGAGCCAUCUGAAGAGAAAAGCUACAAACCGGCUGAGUUCCACUGGAAACUGAACCAGGCCUGUGACAAGGAGUGGCACCACUAUGUCCUGACAGUAGACUUUCCCACUGUUACCCUUUAUGUGGAUGGAGUUUCUUACGAUCCUAUCACAGUUACUGAAGAUUACCCUCUGCAUCCAACACAGAUCGAUACUCAGCUGGUGGUUGGCGCCUGUUGGCAAGAGUAUUCAGGAAGUGGAAAUGUCACUGACCCAAUGCCAGAGAGUGAUCCAGGUGGGGAGGCACACAUGGCUCAAUUCUUCCGUGGCAACCUGGCAGGGCUCAUGAUCCGUUCUGGAAAAUUGGAGAACAAGAAAGUGAUCGACUGUUUAUACACCUGCAAGGAAGGUCUAGAGUUCCAGCCAGUGGAAAACAUUGGGAAAGGCAUGACGAUCAACCUGAGCCCCAGCCAGUCUGGGCUGACCAUGGAAGGAGAUGACAUCGAUCGCUUUGACCAAGCAAUGCAGCAUGUCUCCUACCUUAACUCCCGUCAGUUUCCCACUCCUGGAAUCCGACGGUUUAAGAUCACUACCACGGUGAAAUGUUUCAACGAGGAGACCUGUAUCACAAUCCCAGAUGUUGAUGGGUACGUCAUGGUGCUGCAACCAGAGGAACCCAAAAUCAGUUUGAGUGGCAUUGACCACUUUGCUCGUUCUGCUUCCGAGUUUGAGAGCGGUGAGGGGGUCACCUUGUUCCCCGAGCUCCACAUCAUCAGCACAAUCACACGGGAAGUGGAGCCUGAAGGAGAAGAAUAUGAGGAUCCAACAGUGCAAGAGUCACUUGUGUCUGAAGAAAUUAUGCACAACUUGGACAGUUGUGAAGUUGGAGUUUUGGGAGAGGAACUGAAUCCCAACCAGGAGAAUCUGCAAGUGGACAUCACUCACCUACAGCAAAAGGGACUGGAGAUAAGCAACUCCAACCUUGGCAUGAUCAUCACAGGUGUUGAUACAAUGGCUAACUAUGAAGAGGUUCUUCACCUGAUACGAUACAGGAACUGGAAUUCUGCAUCCCUCUUCGACAGGAAAUUUAAACUUGUGUGCUCAGAGCUGAAUGGACGCUACAACAGUAACGAGUUCCAAGUAGAGGUCAAUGUCAUCCACACGGCCAGCAUAGCUGAAGCCCCCAAUCAUAUCGUGGCGCAGCCGCAAUUUGUCAAUCCUGUACAUCACUCAUUUGUGGAUCUUUCUGGACACAACCUGGCGAAUCCUCACACAACAUCCGUUGUCCCCAGUGCGGCCACGAUUGUUAUUGUUGUUUGCGUCAGUUUCCUAGUCUUCAUGAUAAUCUUGGGGGUGUUCCGUAUCCGUGCCGCACACCAUCGCACAAUAAGAGACCAAGAAGGAGGCAAGGAGAACGAAAUGGAUUGGGAUGACUCUGCUCUAACCAUCACUGUCAACCCCAUGGAGACGUAUGAAGACCAGCAUAGCAGUGAGGAGGAGGAAGAGGAGGAGGAUGAUGAAGAGAGUGAAGAUGGUGAGGAAGAUGAUAUCACCAGUGCAGAUUCAGAAAGCAGUGAGGAGGAGGAUGGGGAACAGGAAGAAGACCAGCAGAACGUUAACAGACAGCAACAGCUUGAGUGGGAUGACUCCACUCUCACUUACUGAUUCCCUGCGGCCAUCACCAUGUCAUCACCGCUCCAUCCUCCAGCUGGCCCAGCGUGUAAAAGUCAUUCCAGAUGCUAAUUCCAACAGUGGAUCUGUUUGUGCCCCGCUCCUCUGCCCUCCCAGUGGCCAGGGUCAUUAUUUUUACUUUAGUGUUUGGUCCAUUCUGCACUUCCCCUUCCGCGUUCACUCCACCAGUGGAGACAAAGCUGCUUUAGGACCUGGUUUUAUCAUUCCAUAUUUCUCUUCUGGAACAUUGCAAACAUUUUGGGUUGAUGAGGGGGCACAUGGACUCCAAGUAGACUGGUGAUUUUUAUUGUUUUUUUUUUUUAAUUAGUGCAUGUCAAACAUAUUGGCAAAAUGCCAAUCGAGAACCCCAUUCCCUGUCCAAGGGGGAAGGUUCUCCUGGCAGGAAAAAGUGCAAAUGCUUCUGCUGUCUCAAGUGCGUAACCCAAAUCUGCAAGAGGCUGCUCUGCUGGGAAAGGGGGUUGGGGGAGGGGGUAUGUAGGUGAUAAACUAACUUUUUAAUAUUUUUGUAAAUAUAUUGGAAUCAAUGUUAUGUCCAUGUUAGUGGUGUAAAAGGAGUUUUGAUUGAUGGAAUGCAGGUUGGCAUAUGGGUGGCUAAUUGCACUUGCGCCAGUCUCUUGUGCAGCCUCAGUGAGGUGAUUUCCUUCCCCUCCCCCCCCCCCCCCCCAGACUGGCAGCGUUUGCAGUCUCACAAUGGGGUAGUACCAUUUUGGUGCAAAUUCACUUAUCCUUUUGCAUGCCAGGGAAAAAAAAAGCAUGAUGCUUUGAAGUCCACUCUUUUCUGGCACUUUAUACGUAUACCGUAUCACUCUGUAUUGGUACUUGUUACAAUUGUGCCAGCAUAACAAAUACGGUGAUCUGGUGCUGAGCUACAACUACAGAUGCAGACAGAGUAUUCACAGAUGUUGUAGUUCUGCAGCUGUUAAGUCACUAGUUCUAGAUCAGGAAAGACUGGCAAAUCUCCAGUUGCUGUGGAACUUCAGUGUAGGAGUUAGCUCAGCAGCAGCUGGAAGGCUACCUGGUUUACUCCUGUUCUGUUCUUCAGAGCACAGAGUUGUAAUAAGUUAGUGACUGAGUGCAGCCUCUAAAUUUAGAGGGUUCAGUUCUCCCACACAGCACCCCUGACCUCAGGGGGAUUACUGCAAACGCCAACAGCUGUAUUGAUAAUCUCUUGCAUCAUUCAAUUUCUGCAGAGCAGGCAAGAUGCGUUAUGGGUACUUCCACUUCCCCAGUGGGGAAGGUAUGUUACGUAAUUUUAUUUUUCUCGAAUUAUUCCCAUACUACUUACAAAUCGCAAAGCAUAGCUUAAAUGUACACAAAUGGAAGAAUUGUUAUCGCUGCUUCUUUUGAAGAAUUUGGCUGACUGGAAGUACAAAACAGGCUUUAAGAAUUUUGUUUACAUUUUUUGUUUUUCUCCCCUAAAUGGUAAAAAAAAAAUAACUAAAUUGUGCACAAUGUGUGUCCAGGAAUGCACUCCUCUGGGUUGCUGCAGACCUAAUGAAAUGUAAAAGCCUUUGUGGCUUGGGAUGUUUAGAUCGACAGGAUCUGGCAAUAAGCACGAGGUACUUAAGUGUAUCAGAAUUAACUAGAACCAUGAGCCAAACUGGAAUUGUCACAUGAGAUUCAUGUGGAUUACUGUUACAUUUCUACUUGAAUUUAUCCAGCCAUCUUAGUAAGGUGGUUUUUAUUUUAUUUUUUUCUUCCCCUUUCUAAUACUCACUACAGCUAGAUAAUAUAGUAAGUGUCUAAAAUAAGACACUUUGUGCAUAUGAUGUGUGUACAAGACAGUCUCUGUCCGGCGCGGUUAUUUGAACUUAGGUGUAUUUGUCAGGUAAUUGGAAAGUGGACAUUAUCUUUGUGGGAUUAUUUGUCAAUGAUUUCAUAAUUCAGCGAGGAUUGGCUAAAAUGCCAGACAGAAACCCGAAUACCGGUUUUUAGAAAGGGCUUGGCCCCUAAAUGCCGUUUGCUAAGUUUAUAAAUGUGUAGCUCGAAAGUGAACUGGAUCUUUUAUGAAAGUGGGUUAGGAGGAAUCAUUUGCAAUUGGUGGCUGUACCCUCCCCCAUACUGAUAUAUUCUCAUGAUUGGAUGAUAGGGGUCGUCAUAGGUACAAGGGUUAGGGGAGAGGGCUGUAAACUUUACGGUUAAGGCGUUUUUAUUUUAUACCAUAAAUGUAAAUUCUUAGAUUUCUACGUAAGGUAUUCAGGGGAGGGAAAUGGGUUUUAACGAUUUAUGUGAUAAUGCUAUGAUCAUAACUGCUAGCUCUUGUGUAUUCUGGGGAAUUUUAACUUAUUUCUGACAGUUGUCCUGUAGUCAAGUUGAUGUGUAGAUCUGUCCUACCAUUUAAUAUCACCAUAACUGCUGUAAUUAGACUAAACAAUUGCGACAUGAAACACUAUCGAUAGAACUUUCUGAUGCUGUAUGUAGCUGCAAUGAUUAUAACUUUUCAGAUUUGUAUAUUGGUGAUAAGUCAGUUUGAACAGUAUAUAAGCUACAAUAAAUUUCUGGUUCUAAACCCCAA